AUGUUGGACGACAUCGCCCGUAGCAGCUCGACCGCGGGCGCCGACUUGCUCCUCGCCAAGGCCGAGUACAUCGACUUGCCGCGACAAACACUGGCCGACGAAGUCGCCUUCUUCAAGCGCCUGCUCUUCGCUCCUCUUGACACCAAUGCCCUCGGCGAUGUCUUUGGCCCCGUGCCGCCCGACUCGUUCGAGUGUCUGUGA